AUGGCUGUUGUUGCAGAUACUAUUAGUGUCUCACAUAGACCAUGGGCAAGGCCUAUUGAAUAUCAGAAACCACAAGAUGUGGACCCCUUUGUGAUACUCAAUUCCCAAGAUUUGGACCAUAAAUGUGCCCCAGAUACUCUGGUGACAUCACCCCAGAAUAUAUGGAUCAGUGAUACACCAGUGUCAGGACCUUCUGAACAACCUAAGUGAAUUCCGGACACCCUGAACCUGAGAGAGGAGGCCUUAAUUCUAGCCCCAAGUUUUCUGCAUCCUGAGUCAGCAUCCAAAGAACCUUCAGAGUUACUGGACUGGAUGGAUGCCCAGCUCCAGUGUUGGGACGAUAGCAGUUUUCCACUGGAUGAACCACAGACAUCAUCACAUAAUGAGAUCAUGCAGCAGGAGAUCAGGCCCCUGCUGGCUGUAGACAUCAUAGAGCAGCUUCAUCGCCAGUUUGCCGUGCUUUCAGGAGGGCGAGGGAAAGAUGGCGCCCCCAUCAUCACCUUCCCAGAAUACUCAGACUUCAGCGAAGUGCCAGAGGAAGACUUCCUCAAUGUUGUUACUUACCUGACCAGCAUCCCCAGCCUGGAUGCUGCCAGUAUCGGCUUCAUUAUCAUCAUCGACCGGCGAAAGGACAAAUGGAGCUCAGUAAAGGCCUCUCUAUCCAGGAUCGCUGGGGCGUUUCCAGGAAACCUGCAGCUGGUGUUGGUGCUGAGGCCGUCCAGGUUCUUCCAGAGGGCUAUAGCAGACAUUGGCAUCAAGCUGCACAAGGAUGACUUUAAAAUGAAGGUACUGGUUGUGAUGCUGAACUCUCUGUCGGACUUGCACGGCUAUGUGGAUAAAGGCCACCUGACCCGCGAGCUAGGAGGAAACCUGGAGUACUGUCACAGUCAGUGGAUACAUCACCGAACUGCCAUAGAGAACUUUGCCAUGACAGUGAAAACCACAGCCCAGAUGUUACAGAAGUUUGGGACAGAUCUGGCAGAGACACAGCUGCCCAAUGAUGUCCAGUACACCAAAGACCUGCUCACAGCACACACCAACAAACACAACAACCUCAAGGAUGAACUGAAGCUAGCUUUGAAGCAGGGCACUACCCUAUUAGGUUGUAUCAAGGAGCAGGCACCCAAGUCAGAGAAUCACAAACUCAACCCAGAUGAGAUGGAGAACCACAUCACUGUGGAAAGGCUCCUAGCCCAGCUGAAUGAGACAGAGAAUGCCUUUGAACAGUUCUGGUGUAAACAUCAUCUGAAACUGGAGCAGUGCCUGCAGCUACGCCACUUUGAACAGGACUUCAGAGAGGUCAAAGUGUCUCUUGACAGUUUGAUGGACAGUCUAACCAGCCUAUCAGAUAUUGGGGAUUGUGUGGCCAGAGUUGUCCACCUGCUAAAGGAACUGAAAACACUGGAGGAGAAGGCUCAGCCCACACUAGAAAAGGCCCAGCUGCACGCGGUGCACGGAGACCAGCUGAUCCAAAGCAACCACUACGCUGUGGACUCUAUUCGACCCAAAUGUGUGGAGCUCCGGCGGGUCUGUGACGACUUCAGCAACGAGGCCGAGAAAAAGACAAAUGUCUUGUCCAAAUCUCUUAAGAUACACAUGGGCAUUGAUAAGGUGAACCAGUGGUGUGAGUCUGGUAUCUACCUGCUGGCCUCCCAGGCUGUGGAUAAGUGUCAGUCACAGGAAGGGGCAGAGUCAGCACUGACUGACAUCCAAUGCUUUCUGGAGUCAGCAGAAAAGAACCAAGUGACUGAAUUAAGGAACCUCCACAACCAGUAUGAGGUUGUCCUGUCCGAGGAUAUCAAGGCCAGUGUCCUGAAGACACUGAAGCGCCUGGAGGAUGUCCAGGAGAUGUUUGAGAAGCGACACAUCAGUCUGAAGAGACUGUCAGCUAAACAGACAAGGCCCGUCCAGCCUGUUGCCCCGCGGCCUGAGCCCUCUCCCAAACGGCCCUCACUGAAGAACCCCCCUAGGACUACAGGGAGUCACCAGUCUCUGGCUCGCAGAACUUCUGAUAACUCUAACAGUGGCAAGCAGCCAGCCGAAGCUGAUCCCAACAAGAAGAAGAACAUACGCAAGGACAAAGGAGGCAUCAAGAUUGAGGUGAUGCAUGAGGAAAGCCAAGGAGGCUCCACCCAUGUCGUUGUGACCAAUGAGACAGAGGAGAGUUUGUCCAACAGACGCAGACACAUCAUGACUGAGCUGAUUGAAACAGAGAGGCUAUAUGUGGAGGAACUGCAAAGCAUCAUGGAGGGUUAUUUUGCAGAGCUGGAUAACUCGGAGCUCAGCCACCUCAUUCCCCCGUCUCUGGAGAACAAAAGGGACGUGCUGUUUGGCAACCUGCCAGAUAUAUAUGAAUUUCACAACAGAACAUUUCGGAGGGAGUUGGAGAACUGUGCAGACAAACCAGAGCUGGUGGGAACCUGUUUUCUGAAAAGGAAAGAAGAGCUUCAGGUGUAUGAGAAGUACUGUCAGAAUAAACCCCGCUCUGAAGUCCUCUGGAGACAGUGUGGAGACAGUCUCUUUUUUCAGGAAUGUCAGAAGAAAUUGGACCACAAACUGUCUUUGGAUGCUUACCUGCUGAAGCCUGUCCAGAGGAUCACCAAAUACCAACUCAUGCUCAAGGAGAUGUUAAAAUGCAAUAAGGGCGAGGAGACAGCUGAGUUGGAGGAGGCUUUAGCAACAAUGCUGGACAUCAUCAAGUCUGUCAACGACUCCAUGCACCAGAUAGCCAUCACUGGCUUUGAGGGAAACCUGAGUGAACUUGGGAAGCUGCUGAUGCAGGGAUCGUUUAAUGUGUGGACUGACCACAAGAAAGGCCACAGCAAGGUGAAGGACCUGGCUAGGUUCAAGCCUAUGCAGAGGCACCUGUUCCUGUAUGACAAGAUGCUGCUGUUUUGUAAGAAACGAGAGGAGACCACAGACGGACACGAGAAGACGCCGUCCUACAGCUUCAAACACUCACUCAAGAUGAGUGCUGUUGGGAUCACAGAGAACGUCAAAGGCGACAACAAGAAAUUUGAGGUGUGGUACAACGGCAGAGAGGAGGUUUACAUUAUCCAGGCUCCUUCCAUGGAUGUGAAAAAUAUGUGGGUGUCAGAGAUUCGUAAAGUUCUUACAAGCCAGCUACAGGCAUUCAGAGAAGCUAGCCAGCUCAACAUCUGUGGGCCUCCCAUGAGGAAUGUGCGUAAAAUGGCGCGAAGACAGUCUGAUUCAUCAAGUCCAGAGUCAGGCUUCAGGAGGACCAACCCCAGCCCUAAUAUGAGGCAGAAGAGAGUUGAUGCUUCGGCCAGCCAAUCAGGCCACUCAGCUGUUAACACUAGGAAACGCUUCACCUUGCAGGGACUUUCCAACAGGAGGUCUCUUCCAGCAGAGCCUGCUGCUAAGGAGGCAGAGGUUGCCCGCCGGUUCUCUCUCACCUCCUCUCUUGCCUCAUCUUCCUCCUCCUUCGCCACGAGACGCACAAAAGGUCCCCUCUCUGCUAGCAUAAAAAACAAGAGACAUGAGAUAAAGAGUGAUCCCACCCCAUUUGGUUAUGAAGAUCCUUUGCAUGGUGCUAUGGCUGCAGUCGGGAAACGUGAGAGCAUGACUAGCAGCACUGCUGCUGCUGGCACCUCAGCUGUCCCUAGAUCUACCUCCCAACCAGGCUGGGCCCAGCGGCGUCUCCCUUCCAUGGACACAGACGACUUUGAGACGAUCCCCUCCAGUCCAGAGGAAUCCUCCAACUCUUCAGAGGAGGAGGGCAACAAUAAAAAUGGUGACAGUGGUCAUUUACAGGUGCAGCUGACCUAUGAAUCUCAUGAAGUACAAGACUGCUCUCUGGAGACAGGUGACCUUGUCCAGUUUGUGGAGGAAGUGGAGAACGGACACUGCCUAAUGCUGCCUGGGCUCCAGCCUCCCACGACCCUGAAGAGCAUAAACGGAUACAGAAAAUGAAUGGAUGGACCUUACAACACAAUGCAGUGCAUAGCAACAACACCAUUAACUUCAGCCUCGGAUAUUGAGUUUAAUCCAUCCUCUCUGACAGGGUAUCAAGAAAAAUCGGACAUUACGCUUCAGAAAGGCAGCAUUUGAUGCAGAGCUGUUAUGUUGGAUUGUGUUAGUUUGUAUUAGUGUUGAUGAUGUUAUGUAGUUUUCCAUAAGGAAAGCCGUUUUUCCACUUCAUCCACUGCUAUCUGUAAUCAUUACCCAUACCAUGGCUUCCCUGGUUAAAAGUAUAUCUUGAGUUUGGUUCACAUUUAUCAACCAAGCCCAAGAAAGGAAAUUAGACCAGCUGCUCCUCUGCUGCCCUGCUCUCUCUCUGCCAGGGUUAAAGGCUCAGUGUAGCUCGUCUGGAAUUCAAAUUUCAUUCACUACAUUACCCUGAUGAAGCAGUGGGAGAUACAACAACAAAACGUGUGACUAAUGGUCUAUUGCCAAAUCAAGGGAGGCGGCUGAAAAGACAAUGGAUUCAGAUGAAUAAUAAAUCUCUGUUUCAUUCACCCCACCACCACCAUCUAUGCUUUUGGCGCGCCAGGCAAAGGCCUUUAUGGAGAAACAGCCUCUGGAAUCCAUCGCUGAAAGAGUGGUUUGGUCUAAUGCAAGCUCUCUGCAUUUGGAAGUGACUAAUACUCUCAAGCUCAUGUAUAUUUCAGCCCUUAAAACCAUCUCCUGUCGUCUGCAUCUAUGGGUUUUUGCUGCUAAAAGAUCUUACUCAGUCACUCGUCUUUCCUCCCCACUUGAGGAAAAUUAAGAAAGUCCUCCCUUUUUUCCUAGCUUUUUUGUUGGAUCAAAGUUAGUAUACAACUGUAUAGAACUUUACAAAUUGUAACUGAUGAACUGUGUGCUGCUAUGUGUGUCGUAUACACCCUCAUAUAUGCUAUAUGCAUGUGCAUGGGUGUCUGUUCAUGCAUUUGUGUAUGUCUAUGUAGAUUUAGGUACAUGUUUUUGUGUGUAUAGAUUGGCUUCUAGGACAAGUGUGUGUUUAUGUGUGUCAGACAGAACCCAUUUCAGUCUGGGCCAAUUGUUGUUCCUGCUGACAAAGUUAAGAGAUAAAAUCUUACCAGCCUGAGAAUUACGUUCAUAUUUGAUGAUUCAUCAGCUCACGGUUUCUGUCCAGUGCCAAUGUUCAGUGCUAAUGCAGGGGGUAGGUGACCUUUAUAUAGAGAGGUGGAAAGUAACCCUAACCCUCCCCAACAACUUUUACCAAGGGUUUUAGUUGCCUUACCAUAACCAUACCUUAACCAUAGUUUAUUUAACAUAACCAUGAUCUCUCUCUGACCUUAUCCUUACUAUAAUUUGCGCAGAAAUGUUGAAAAUCGGAACGUUAAUCCGAACUGUCCCAUUUCAACGCUCUGUCUGGCGAUAGAAUUACAUCACACAGUGUAUGGUGUUUCAAUUUUGAUUGUUUGCUUUUGGGAAAAUUGGAAAGAAAACAGAAAAAUAGUAAUAGGCAUUAUUGUUUUAUAAUCCAGUUAAUCAGAUUACUGUGCAGAACCACAGCUCAUCUGAAGUUCACUUCACUUUUACAAAGCUCUUAGUGCACAAUUUGCCUAGAUCUCUCCCUCCACCAUUACAUCAAAUGUUAGCAAUUUCAUGUUUUAUGGCCUUUUUCUUGUUGUUACACCAUAAAUGAGUAAAUCAAACUGUAACUUAAGAUGCUAAUUUCUGUUUUGGUAUAGUAACAGAUGAUAAUUAGUAUUUUUGCAGGAUUUCAGAGGUUGCCUGGUGGUGCGACUCUUUAAAUAAUACAUCUGUCGAUCAUUUGAACUAUUCAGUUGUUCAAUAUGUGCUUCUUUCUGACUAUCAGGACUUGAAAGCUUUUAUUUUUUAAGGACGUAAGUCAUUAUUUAUAGGUUUCAAUAUUCUUCACACUUCUGACCGCACCCAGCAGUGAUGCUGUGUAAGUAAGAGGUGCAACAGACUUAGAGAGAGGGCAGUGAAACACUGCUGUAAAGCCUGGUGUUAAGUUACUAUUUAAGAAAGGCACCAUAUAUCGCUAUGAGGUUACCUUUCCCCUCCUUAGCCCCUGCCCACCAAACCCCUUUACAGCAUCAGCAGCAGAGAUAUGCAGCACCACCCGCCCUAGCAAUAGUAGUAGUCUGUACAAUAGAAAUAUUAAUGAAAAUAGUACAUGCCUCCAUGUAAUCCAUGUAAAAUCAUUAUUCAGUAUUGUAAAUGUAUAGUUAGUUGUAGGUGUUUUUAUAUUUGUCUCACUAUACAGGUUCAUUUUGAUUGUUUUAAUGUGUUCAUUUCAUAUAAGCUGCUGAAAUAUUCAGGGUCUCCACCUCAACCUUUCAGCUGAAGAGUGAAAACCCCGAAUUCAUUAAAUCUAAGAUGUUGAUGUAAUUGUGUUAACAGAAACAUGGUGUCAAAAUGAUCUACUCACUCACUGUCCUCCAGGAUAUAAUGAAGUCAUGGUGCCCUCGAUAAAAAUAAAAAAAACAUAUGCAUGGGCA